UUUUGCAUAGAAACAACCCCCGGUAUAUCGAAAUCUUUCUCCAGGGCGACCUGUGCAGCCUCGAAAUCCCGCGCGAGCCUGCGGCCACCGUCGCGAGUUUCUGGCAAGGCGACGUGCCGGUGGUGCGAUGCUCGUGGAACGCCGAACAUUCCACCGACGACUUGGAGGCUCUCUAUCAGGUGCUAGAAGAGUUUACGCCGACGAUGCUGGCAACAUGCACGAGGCGGCAGCAAAAAGCGCUCAACGCCACACUGCGGGACCUAAACAUUGCGACGCUUACUGUCGAGUUCAAGUGGGUUCUUCUGCUACAUUCGGUGCACCCCUCACGCAGCCUGACGUGACCUACAGGAACGUGUCUCCGGCCCCGGAAGCGCCUGCGGCCCCAGCUCGACAACCUGCACCGCCAAAGCGCCCACGUUCACCUGUCGAUGGCGGUCAUGCCGAGCCUCAGAACAAGCGUCCUCGACAGGAAGCCUCCGGGGCACAACCCUCCGCUCCCGGAACGCGCCCGACGGCUAUGAACACGGCAAGGACUCGUCCCGAGGGUGACAACGCUCCUGCGACAGGCUCUAGGUCUGCUCCUGCUGAUGCUGCUCAACCUGCCGGACCUGCUCGCGCUGCUGAGGCUUCUGAGUCUGGGGUGACUAGAUCUGCUGCUCGCACUGUGCCCUUGGAUACCUUGAACGCUGCUUCUUCGCGGGCUGUUGCGGACGAUGUAGUGGUGAAACAAGAAGACGCGGACGACGCCCAUGCACUCGGGGGCGCCGCGAAGGAGAACGCACCGCCAGGUCCUCAGGACGCGCCGGGCGAUCAGGGCGAGCGCAACAGGGGCGCGACUAGUAUCGUCGGCACGCUCAAGACUGCGCUCGACGCUGCGGUCGCUGCAGCAGACGCACACCUGAAUGGACUCAGAAGCAACGUGGAAACUCGCGAGCUUGAGACGGCACGACUAAGCAAGCGGUUAGCCCGGCAAUCAGCCAAGCUUCGAGCGACGGAGCAGGCGCUCCAGCAGCGGGAGAAGGAUGUGGAGGCCGCUGGCGCGCGGAAUGACGCGGCGUUGGCACGUGCUGCGAGCGAGGUGUCUGAGGCGAGGGCAAGCGAGAGCGCGACGGCCGCCCAGUUGGCCGAAGCACGGGGCCAGCUGGCCGAAGCGCGGUCCCAGUUCGUGCGUGGGCGUUUGCGGCUGGCGGAGGUGACCGCCGAGCGGGAUCGCCUCGCGCAGCUAGUCGCUACGCUCCAGGCAGACAUUGCGCGGGAUGAAGCGAAGCACGAGGCUGAACUGAAGGCUACGCAGGACAUGAAUGCUCUGCUGCGAGCACAAGUAGGCACGCUGCAGUCGGAGGCGCAGGCAGCUCGAACUGUGGCUUCGGAGGAACUCCGCCAAUCAGAGCUCAGGGUACAAGCUGAGAUAGAUAAACGACAAGCCGCGGAGCUCAAGAUACAAACCGAAGUCGAGAGACGACAAGUCGCAGAGCUUAGCGCUCAGGACCUGAGUAAGAAAUACGUCCGGACGCAAUUGGAUCUGCUGGGCGAAAUCAAUUGUAAGCCGUACUGAGCGUCCAUGCAUUACUUUUGUCGUGCUGACGAUGGACGGAUGUACU